AAAGUUUUCCCUGCGGUGUUUUGUGCCGCUUUCUUCUUGGUUUUUUUUUUUUUUUUUUUAAGCCUGCCCCUCAGGCGGGGAAGAGGCGCGAGCCGGUAUACCGCCAACUUUGCGCGUGGAGGGAAGCCCUGAGGGGGAUGGAGCAGCUGCGCUCGUGAACUUGUCCACGGAGAGGUAGAAAAGCCCGAAGUGGAGGAGGAGGAGGAGGGAGAGUGCCAGCCAGCCCUGGGCAGGAGAGGAUGGUUGCGCGCACCGAGUAAUGUGAACAUGAUGUCUUAUGAGAGCCAAGUGUGGUGCUACCAGUGGAAGUGGAAGUGCCAUUUGCUGUUCCUAUUUACUCUGUAUCUUAUAUGUGUACAGUAUUCAGCUCUCGGGUGUUCUGAGUGUCGUAUGGUGCUGUCCAGCCCUACAGGGAUUUUUACCUCCCCCUGCUUCCCUAGUGUCUACCCUAACAGUCAAGCAUGCAAGUGGACCAUCAGGGCUCCUUCUGGAUUCAUCAUUCAGAUAACAUUUGUUGAUUUUGAGAUUGAAGAAGCUCCCAACUGCAUUUAUGACUUUUUAACAAUAGGAGAGAAAAAAGUUUGCGGUGUCACUGCCAAAGGUUUAUCAUUUAACUCAACUGGAAAUGAAAUGAUUGUAACUUUUACAAGUGACUUCAGUAUCCAAAAAAAAGGUUUCAAUGCCAGCUAUACCCGAGUUGCUGUGUCUUUGAGGAAUCAAAAAGUUAUCAUUCCACGAUCCCUGGAUGGUGAUUCUGUGUCUGUGGCAAAUUCCAUCCAAGUACCAGAACUGAAUCAGUUCACAUUGUGCUUUGAAGCAAAAAAGAACAGCAGUGAAAGCAGUGAAUGGAAGGUUUUCUCCUAUGGUGAUUCUUCUACAGAAUUCUUUGGUUUUGGAAGGACAAAAAAUGGGCACUUCAUAUCUAUCUCAGGCAUCAAAUGUAUUUUAGAUGAUUCACUUGACACCAAUCCUGAAGAAGGAGACUUCUUCACAGAAAUGUUUGAGCAGCUUUGCAUUAUAUGGGAUAGCCUCUCAGGCACUGUAGGUAUCAGCGUCAAACACACGUACAGAACAGUAUCCUGUUCAAAUACUCAUAGGAAGGUCAUUCCUGGUAAUGGGAUGCUGGUUCUGGGCUCUAAUAGAAAUGAUAUAAAGCCUCUCAAUGGGGAUAUUUACAACUUCCGGCUUUGGAAUUUUACAAUGAGCUCCCAGACACUCUUUAACCUCAGCUGCGAUGUCAAGGGCAACAUUGUAGACUGGGAAAAUGACUUUUGGAGCAUCCCAACAUCAUCAUUAAAAGCAGAGAACAACCUGAGUUGUGGUUCAUAUCUCAUUCCCCUACCUACAAUUGAACCUACUAGCUGUGCGAACCUGGGAAGCCUGUGUCAAGACCUGCAGGCAAUGAAAGCUCCUGCUACAGUGGUCUUCAGAGUCAAGAGAAGUUCAGCUGAUUCCUCUCAGCCAGUACUACAAGGGCAGGAAGAUUCUAAGAUCAGAGGCGUCAAAAACAUAGGAAUUAUUUCAACUCCAAUAGUAUGGCCUGUGAAGCAAAGGCCUCUUCAUGCCAGUAAAUCUGCAUCAAUUGAACAAAGUCCAGAAAGAAAAAACGCACCCAAUUAUUUUAUCCCAACAACACCAGAGGUCACAUCAUCUGCUCCUGAGGAGCAGUCGAUAUCUCAAGUGAAUAUCUUGGGUCCUUUUACAGAACAAGUAAACAUAGACAAUAAUUCUUCCAUGAAGUACUCCAUCUUUAAUAAUGUUUCAGGGCAUUCUAAAAGUUUGCUAAUUGAGAGUAGUAACCAAAGAGAAAUACCAACUAUCCCUCUUGAUCAUAUCAGGAACAUGCUACUUCCUCUUCAACAGAGUGAAAGUUUUGACAGAGAACCAAUAUGGACUUGGGCACCUCAGUUAGAAGUUCCUAAAUCAGAUUCUUUAUUUCCUUCUCUGAGCAAGAGUAUCUUUCAUCAGCCCACAGAAGAUACUCAGUUCUUGUUAUCAUCGAAUAGUUACACAUUCUCUUCUGCUUAUAAAUAUGCUUACAAUUUCUUACAGUCUUUGAGUGAAGUUGCAACAUACAAUCAAGCUGUUUCUGAUAUUUCAGAAGAAAUGCUUCCAUCUCUUUCUGUCCAGUUUUCUUAUACACACCAUAUGCAGUUAUUUCAGGAAACAAACGUAGACUUACUAGAAAAAAGGUCGCUUGGAAAUGUCUACCUGGAGCCCACAAAGAGAAUUCUACAAGAGGAUUCUAUUAGAAAUGGGUUUUAUAUUUUUGGUGAACUACAGCCUACAAAAUUUAAUUACAUCAAAGACUAUAAUUCAGUACAUUUUAAAAAACAAGUUUUUAAACAGAGUGCAAAUCCCUCUGGCUCCUUACAAAACAUGAAAGCCUGGUUUCCAGAUGUUGUGCCCAUAAUUCAGCCAACAGAAGUUUUCCUGCCAGCAGAGUACAGUACAGAAUUGCAAAGUUUAUCAGCUGUUCUACCAAAAAGAGAGACACACUCAGAAAUUCAACAGACUGUUUUUGUUUCAUCAUUGUAUCAUGGAACUUUCAACACUGCAUCUUUAAAAGGUGGCUUAUUUACAUUUAGACCUCUAGCUGAAGAGGAGGUGAUAGAGGCCUUUUCCCCAGAAGAUGACUUUGAACUCCCAGAUACAUUUCUUGCUUAUACCAACUCCGUGUCUCUUUCCUUAAUUUCCUUGGAAAAUAAGCUUCCAGGAUCUGGACAUGUAGAAAACAGUGAACCUGAUAAACCACAUAAUGACACGACUCUUCUCCCAAUUGAUUCUAAACGGAUGGAUAAAAUCACUAAGUCCUGGAAGCCUGGUGACUUAAGUCUUCCAACACAAUAUGUAGAUAAUUGGAUUUUGGGAAAAGAUCCUCUAGUGCCUUCUGAGGACUCUACAGAAAGGUGGUGGCUCUUCUUCAGCCAGUCAGUUUCUCCCCUAACAGAAGGAGUGUUAAUGCCUGCCACAGAAACAGAUGACAUCAUCAUGCAAACUACCCCUAAUAAUAGCACAGUGGACCAUGGAACUGAACAAAUAAACACUUCUACUUCUGUGUUAGAAAAGAAUAGAGAGAAGCAUAGUUCAGUUGUUCCGAUACUCUCAUCAAGGAUUUCAGAAAGUAUGGAAAGAACAUUUCCACUGGAAACAAAACGAGACCUUCCUCUUAACAUAAGUGUGUCCAUGAAUGAUGAAUCUCCACUUUAUUUUCCUUUGACUUCAUUAGAAAUACCUGUGAUUCAGCCUUCCAUGCAUUUGCAAAUAAGUACUUCUGAUAUGCUAUAUGUAAAGUUGAAAAGUACUGCCAGGUUAGCCACACAGCAAAUUUUGGAUAAAACACAAGCUGGCCAAAUAAUAAAUGCAUUCCCUUAUCAUACUGAUCUAUUAACACUAUCUUUUAAGCCUCCAUGUACAGAAAGUGCCUGUACAGUUUCAGCACUGAGUCUAAUAAAUGUGCAAUUUGGUAGCCACUCAGCAGCACUGAUGGUGUCAACACCUUUAAUCUCACAAAGUCUUCUAAGUGACUUUAGUCAAAAUUCUCCUGAUUUGGGCAAUUCAUGGAACGAAGACUUAAAUGUACAAACAAGCCCACUGAAUGAAAGCCAUAUAACUGUCAAUGAAAAACAACCUUUGGAAGAUUCAGAAAACAAGCGUACUCCUUCUCUUCAGCUAGGAAAUGUUGAUAUAGUUGUUGGUGAUGUGGACCAUGAAAGUAUUAAGCCUAAUAUAGAAGCUACCAUUUCAGGAGAGGAAUCAGUUUGGAAGGUGCAUCGCUUUAGCAAGCAUACCCAUAGUUCUGCAAACAAAGUAUUGCCCUCCUUUAAUCCUAAUAACAAUUAUGCUACUGAUUUGUACAUUUGGACAGUUUCCCCAUCUUUUGAAGACUUCCUGGAUUAUGAUAAAACAACAACCUACCAUUCUUUUUUGGAACCAACAAUUUCACUGGUAACAGAUGUGAUAGCAGAGUCACCUCCAUUUCCCGAAUCCGUUAUUCAUUUUAAUGAAAGUACCUUAAACAGCGCAAAUGUAACAAUUGGAAUGACACUCCUCCAUAAUUUGCAAACCCAAGGCUCUGUGGAAAAGGUGACUCAUGAAUUUUUUUUGUCCAAUGUGACAUCUAAAGCAAACCAAAGUAUUGUAGCCCACACAACACUGAGUCCUAGCACCAGCUCUCCCAAAUCUUUGUUGUCUUGUUUUUUAUGCAACAUCUUCAUUGACCGGGACUGCCCGUGUGGACCUGAGGUCAAGCACAGGGGACUGUUCUACAGAAUUGCCAUUACUGUGUAUACUUCCAACCUUGAAUCAGAGUCAAGUGUUCAGAAUGCAGUUGCAGAAUGGCUAAAUCACACCUUUCAGAAUUGGAAUUACACUGUAUAUGUGGUCAAUAUAAGCGUUCAGCUGAGUACUGUGAAAGAAGGAGUAAGGGAAAAGAGAAGCACAAAUCAUCAAAGUUUUGAUGUUCGGGCUCUUCUGGUUUACAAUUCUUCCAGCAAUGUAAGUUUAGAAAAGCAUAUGAUAGAGAAGAAACUCAAAAGCAGCAAUGAAACUAUGGGAAAUGGCUUGAAACUUGAUAAAGUGGAUGUUAAUCCAAUUGAAAAAUGCGAGAGGGAAGAAUACCCGCUAAAUUACUUGUGGACAGAAACCAGACCAACAGUGACUGACUUCACACCAUGCCAAGGCAGCUCUACUCAGAAUGCAUCAAGAACAUGCUUUCUAAAUCUAGGAAAUUACACAUCAUAUUGGGGUGCUCCUGACCUUAGAAACUGCACAGAUAAUGCAGCUGAUAUAGCCAAUCAGCUUCUGAAUCUGACAGGAGAAGGGCAGCAGUUGACUUCAGACAAAGUCAAUGAUGUCAUCCAGAAGCUAAAAAAAAUUGUGAAUGAUGAAGAAAUCAAUGAAUCCCUGGGUUCUACUGUGGUCACAAUAUUUUCUAAUAUCCUGACCAGUUCUGAUAGUGUUUUGGCAGCAUCGUCUUCUGAAGCUAUAAAGACAAUUGAUGCCUUAGCACUGAAGAUUCAGUUUGCAGGGCCUUCCAUGAGCAUCUCAACACGGAACUUGGCCCUUGGUGUUUCAUCUUUGAAUUCAACUUUGUUCAAUGGCUCCUCUUUCAGUGUUGGUCCCCAAAACAAUGCUUCAGACUUUCAGAUUGGUUUUGACAAAAGUCAAGAUGAUUCCCUGGCUUCGGUUGCUUUACCUCCAAGCUUACUAACCCAGUUAAGUCCCGAAGAACUUGAAGCUGUAUCCAGAGCUCAGUUUACUUUUUUCAAUAAAAAUGGACUCUUUCAGGAUGCAGAAGCUCACACCAACUUAACCAGUUACGUGGUGGCAUGCAGUAUUGGCAAUAGUACCAUCCGUGAUCUUCAGGAUGCUGUGAAGAUAACAAUUAAGCAUACAGUUAAGCAGGAUAAAAUCCAGAAGGCUCCUAAACCCACCUGUGUAUUUUGGGAUAUGAACAGAAACAAGGGCCAAGGUGGGUGGAAUCCCACAGGCUGCCUUGCGCAAGCAGAAUCAAAUGAAAAUGAGACUGUCUGCUUAUGCAAUCAUCUCACACACUUUGGGGUGCUGAUGGACCUGCCAGGAACUGCUCUACAAAUAGAUACUGAAAACACCAAAGUCCUCACUUUUAUAACAUACAUUGGUUGUGGAAUUUCUGCCAUAUUUUCAGCUGCAACUCUUCUGACGUACAUUGCUUUUGAAAAAUUGCGAAGAGAUUAUCCCUCCAAAAUCUUAAUGAAUUUAAGCACAGCCUUGCUUUGUCUCAACCUGGUCUUCCUCCUCGAUGGCUGGAUUGCAUCAUUUGAUGUAGAAGCCCUUUGCAUCGCUAUUGCUGCCCUGUUGCAUUAUUUCCUUCUGGCGACCUUUACAUGGAUGGGCUUGGAAGCUGUUCAUAUGUAUAUAGCUCUAGUAAAAGUAUUCAAUACCUACAUUCGCCGAUACAUACUCAAAUUUUGCAUCAUUGGGUGGGGCUUACCUGCGGUAGUUAUAAUAAUUGUUCUAGCAGUCACAAACACAAAUGCAAAUAGUAUUUACAACAAAGAUCUGUAUGGCAAAAAUACGAAGGGGCAAGGUGGAGAUGACUUCUGCUGGAUAAAAAACACUAGUGUGUUUUAUGUGACCUGCGUUGGCUACUUUGGAAUCAUGUUUCUCAUGAACAUUGCCAUGUUUGUUGUGGUGAUGAUGCAAAUCUGCGGGAGAAAUGGAAAGCGAAGCAAUCGGACUAUGCGGGAAGAGAUUCUGAGGAACCUCCGUAGUGUGAUUAGCUUGACCUUCCUACUAGGCAUGACCUGGGGCUUCGCUUUCUUUGCCUGGGGGCCAUUACAUCUGCCCUUCGUGUACCUCUUCUGUAUUUUCAACUCCUUGCAAGGGUUAUUUAUAUUUAUAUUCCAUUGUGCCAUGAAAGAAAAUGUCCAGAAACAGUGGAGACGGCAUCUCUGUUGCGGUAGAUUCAGGCUUGCAGACAACUCAGACUGGAGUAAAACAGCAACUAAUAUAAUUAAGAAGAGCUCUGACAAUCUGGGGAAGUCCUUAUCUUCCAGUUCCAUUGGUUCUAACUCAACUUACCUGACUUCUAAAUCAAAAUCUACAUCCAAUACGUACCUUCAAAGAAGCAGCCAUUCUGACAAUGUUUUUCUUGACAAGCAUUCACCAAAAUAUGUCCAAGUGGACACAGAGCAGACAUCAAUCAUCCCAGUUCAUCAGGUUAUUGACAAAGUGAAGGGAUACUACAGUACUCACUCAGACAACUUCUACAAAAACAUCAUCAUGUCAGACUCCUUGAGCCACAGCACAAAGUUCUGAAUUUCUGGACC